CUCCCGUGCAGUAGUCAAGUCAGUGUUGGCGCGGGAGGUGCAGUGGCUCUGUCGGCUCGUUUUCUAAACCAAUUAUUAUUCCUCUCCUUACACACACAAAAAAAAUGUCGUGGCAAAAUUACGUUGACCAGCAGCUGAUGGGCUCUGGCUUUGUUUCUAAGGCGGUUAUUGCCGGUCACGAUGGCACAUUAUGGGCCAAAAGUGAUAACAUCGAACCAUCCCGGGAGGAGUUAGUAAAGUUAGCAAACAGUUUUACAGAUCAGAAAGGCCUUGCAAUGACUGGAGUUCACAUGGGUGGUGAAAAGUACUUCUACCUCUCUGGCACCGACAAGGUUAUCCGAUGCAAGAAAGGGAAGGCAGGAAUGCACUGCAUGAAGACGUUGCAAGCAGUCCUGAUAGCCAUGUUCGAGGACCCUAUUCAGCCCCCUCAGGUGGCUUCUAUUGUAGAGUCACUAGGGGAAUACCUUAUCUCCAUGACUUAUUGAGUGAAUGAAGACUUCGUGAAUAUCACUAUCUUCAUUGGAGCUUCAUGGCAGUGGGUGACAUGUGAUAAACCAGUGUUGACCAGUGUUUGACGGUGACUUGAACAUGUGUUCCAUCUUGAUAAAAACUUGGCUACUCAAUCAGAAAAAAUAAAAGAUGAAAAAAAAGUGGAAACCCAUGUAUUUUUUGUUUUUCUUUGGAUAAUACCAGCAACAAUUUAGGAAAGGCUUGGCUGUCACACCAGUGUUUAUGUAUGUAUGUAAUGUAUUUGACGUCGGAAAGGGUUCUAUGAAAUGAAUAUACUUUCGCGUUUAAAAAAAAAAAAAAAACACCUUUGUAUAAUAAAUUUUUUCCAUGGACAUUUUAUUAUUGCAGCUUUUUGUGAAUUAACUUGCACUCUUAUAUAAGUGAUGGUUUGCAGCUGAUGGUUUUUGCAACUAUUAGUGAAGUGGCUAGCCUGUGUAUAUUUGCGAGCAUUUAGUGGUAGGGAGAGGGAUGAUCUGAUAACCUUGUCCUUAUAAUCCUCCUGAUAAUUUUGUCUUCCUCUGCUUUCAUCUCCAGAACAUACCUCUGACAAAUUGCCUUUUUCAGUCUUGCCUCCAUCUCGGUAUUUUCCUCAUCCUCGACUCCCACACUCCAACAUACUUGUGUGAGUGUCUAGUCUCUGCUAGCCACUGAUCCCAGUGUUGAAUUUUUGUUUUAUUUUUUUUAUAUUAAAUUUGUUCCUAAAUGAAAUUUAAAGUUUCCUGUACCCAACAGCUGUAAAUGGAAACUAUUAAAUGGAAUAAGCAUUCCUUAUCUCAA